UAAGGAAUCCCGCCGAGCCCGGAGGGAGUGAGAAGAGAAGUCGGACAGAUUUAGUCACCGCCUGCGGUAAAUGGCCACCGUCUUGAGAGAGCUUGGGUGAGGGGCAGAUCUCUGCCUCUUUCCCAGAAGAGCCAGAAAUGACCAAGUCUCUGGGAUCAGUGUCAUUCAAGGAUGUAACAGUGGACUUCAGCAGGGAGGAGUGGCAACAAUUGGACCUUGCCCAGAAAAGCCUGUACAGAGAUGUAAUGCUGGAAAACUAUUUCAACUUGAUGUCAGUGGGGUGUCAAGUUCCCAAAGCAGAAGUCAUCUUCAGUUUGGAGCGAGAAGAGCCAUGUCUGCUGGAUGGUGAAAUCUCAAGCCACAGCUGUCUCGAUGGGGAUAUUGGUUUUGAAACUUCACAGCAGGGAAUGUCUGAAGAAGUUUCAAACCAGUUUGAGAGAAUUAAUCUCUUUACAGGAGAUGACCCAUAUUCCAUUUUAGAAGAUUUGUGGCAAGAUGAUAAACAGAGAGAGAGAUGUGAGGAAAACCAGAACACAGGUGUAACACAAGUUACCUUUAUCAACAAGGGAGCACUAUUUAAUGAGAGAGACUGUGAAUAUAAGGACAGUGGGAAAAUUGCUCAUGUAAACACAUACCUUGUUCCUGCAAGAAAAAGACUCCAGAACUAUGAAUCAUUUGGAAGGAGUUUGAAGCCUAUUGUAAGCUUAUGUGAUUAUAGAAACAAUGCAAGAGGAAAUCCUGAUAAGAUUAUUGGAUAUGGUAAUAUUUUCACUCAUAUGAAUUCUCAUACAGAGACGAAUGCUUGUGAAUAUAACCAGUGUAAGAAACUUCUGAGUCAUAAGCAAGCUCUCAUUCAACAUCAAAAAAUUCAUACUGAGGAGAAUCUCAAUUUAUUUUCUGAUUAUGUAAAAAUUUUCACCCAGAAGCCACACCUCUUUGCACAUCAAAGUAUUUGUGCUGAAGAGAAACAGCAUGAAUGCAGCAAAUGUGAGAUAGUCUUCACUCAGAAGCCCCAACUUGCUGUACCUCAGAAGGCUUUUGUAGGAGGGAAACCCUGUACACGCACUGAAUAUGAGAAGGACUUGUCCCUCAAGUCAAAUCAUGAGAAAACUCACACUGAGGAGAAUCACUGUAAAUGCAAUGAAUAUGGAAAAGCUUUUAUCCAGAAGUCAGAUCUGUUCAGAUGCCAAGGAAUUCAUAUUGGAGAAAAACCCUAUGAAUAUAGUGAAUGUGGGAAAAAUGUCUCUCAGAAUUCAAACCUCAGUGUACAUAAAAAAAUCCAUACUGGAGAGAAACACUUCGAAUGUACUGAAUGUGGAAAAGCCUUCACAAGGAAAUCAACUCUAAGUAUGCAUCAGAAAAUUCAUACAGGAGAAAAACCCUAUGUAUGUACCGAAUGUGGGAAAGCCUUUAUCCGGAAGUCACAUUUUAUUACACAUGAGAGAAUUCAUACUGGAGAGAAACCUUACGAAUGCAGUGACUGUGGAAAGUCCUUUAUAAAGAAGUCACAACUCCACGUGCAUCAGCGAAUUCACACAGGAGAGAAUCCCUUUAUAUGUACAGAGUGUGGGAAGGUCUUCACUCACAAGACAAAUCUCAUUAUACACCAGAAAAUUCAUACUGGAGAGAGACCUUAUAUAUGUGCCGAAUGUGCAAAGGCCUUUACUGACAGGUCAAAUCUCAUUAAACACCAAAAAAUUCAUACUGGAGAGAAACCCUAUAAAUGCAGUGAUUGUGGAAAAUCAUUCACCUGGAAGUCACGGCUCAGGAUACAUCAGAAAUGCCAUACUGGAGAGAGACAUUAUGAAUGCAGUGAGUGUGGGAAAGCCUUCAUCCAAAAGUCAACACUAAGUAUGCAUCAGAGAAUUCAUAGAGGAGAAAAACCCUAUGUUUGUACUGAAUGUGGGAAGGCCUUCUUCCACAAAUCACAUUUUAUUUCCCAUGAGAGAAUUCAUACUGGGGAGAAACCUUAUGAGUGCAGUGAUUGUGGGAAAUCCUUCACAAAGAAGUCACAACUCCAUGUACAUCAGCAAAUUCACACAGGAGAGAAACCCUAUAGAUGUGCUGAGUGUGGAAAGGCCUUCACUGACAGAUCAAAUCUCUUUACACACCAGAAAAUUCAUACUGGGGAGAAACCCUAUAAAUGUAGUGACUGUGGAAAAGCCUUCACUCGAAAGUCAGGCCUCCAUAUACAUCAGCAGUCUCAUACUGGAGAGAGACACUAUGAGUGCAGUGAAUGUGGGAAAGCCUUUGCAAGGAAAUCAACACUAAUUAUGCAUCAGAGAAUUCAUACAGGAGAGAAACCCUAUAUUUGUACAGAAUGUGGGAAGUCCUUCAUCCAGAAAUCACAUUUAAAUCGGCAUCGGAGAAUUCAUACUGGAGAGAAACCCUAUGAAUGCAGCGACUGUGGGAAGGCCUUCAUUAAGAAGUCACAACUCCAUGAACAUCAUCGAAUUCACACAGGAGAGAAACCAUUUAUAUGUGCUGAGUGUGGAAAAGCCUUCACCAUCAGAUCCAAUCUUAUUAAACACCAGAAAGUUCAUGCUAAACAGAAACCCUGUAAAGGCAGUGACUUUAGGAAAGCCUUAAACUGGAGACCACAGCUCAGUAUACAUCAGAAACCAGAUUCUGGGGAGGUAGAGUGCCCAGUGCCACAAUCGUGGUGUGGGGAUACAAAGAGGUGAGAGGGUACAGCUUGACGAAGA